CGUUCGUCGCACGAGUCGCGUUAACGAAUUUCAUCGAAUCGAAUGAUCAUAGAAUCGAAUAUCUGCGCGAAAUUUAAUAAACAUAUUUUUGAAUAAACUUCGUAAUUUCCAGGUAAACUUCAGUGAUGCUAAUUGGACAGUGACUAUAUUAUACAGUGUCAAAAUGAAUAAAGACAUUCUGUCAUUGUGUGCAACGCUCCUGUGGAUCUAUUCUGUUACGAGUCAGACUGGAAAUCGGGUAAAGAUACCACCAACAAGGUUCACAUGCCAAGGUCGGCCCUCGGGGUACUACGCAGACGUCGAAACUGAUUGUCAGAUCUACCACAUGUGCGAUGGUCUGGGAAGGCAGUUUAGUUACUCGUGCCCAAACACUACUCUGUUCCAGCAACGAAUGCUCGUAUGUGACCACUGGUACAUGGUGAAUUGCACCAACUCAGAAAAUGAUUACGAUGCAAACCUCCUCAUUGGUCAACGUGAUAAACCGUUUGUGUCUGAAGAAGAGAUGCGUCAGCGCACACCACGACCAGAUAUACUCUCAGUUCCACCGAAUACCAACUAUUACGACGGAUUACGAGAAUCUGAGUCAAAGUUCUCCAUUCACCCUGGAAACAGUAUUGUUGGAAUAGCUGAUUCUAUUUCAAAUAGUAACAACAACGGUCUCGAUAGUGAUAAACAGAACUACCGACCACCUUCUUCCUGGUCUACAGGCAUCGGUCAACGUUCCACGACACCUAGGUCUAUUAACAAAAAGCAGUUCAAUUCCAAUGCCGAUUUGAACACAGAUUUCACCAAUAAUGGUUUUGGUAAAAAUAUAAUAUUUCAAUCAACAGUUCAGACGCCUGUAAGAGAAACGACGAUAUCGCUACCGUCGCAAGACUUGAGUUUACCUUUCUUGCCAAAAUCAAAUGAUGGAGCUAACCAAUUAGACAUUAGAAUGACAGACAAAGAUCCAGUAUAUAAUUUCAUUAAUCGAUUUGACCCAAAUUCUCCAGACACCAACUUAGCAACGCCAAUGACAAAGUCUCAAAUAUUGGAUAUAAACAAACAAUUGCCAUCUGGACAAGCUAGCUCCGAAGAAGAUAGGUCAUCGCGAGUAAAUAAAAACUUUGGCAAUAAAUUGAACGUGGUUAGAGAAGAAAAAAAGAAAGGAGAUGUAGAACAAUCAAAAAUUGAUACAAUCAACUCCAAAUUGCAUACUGAUAAAAGCGUUACAAAUAAUUCAGUGCCAGAACCUGACAGAAACUUGGUACCACCAAAAUUAGAAUUUCCAGCUCAGAGUCUGACAACGACUAUGGGUCCUCCGAUUUAUUACCAAUGGAAGUGGGCAGUACCGGCUUUUGAUUUAGAGCCUCCAAAAGUAGGGAAUUUCACUCUUACUGGUACCACAAAGAAGUCGCCAGGAAAACGCCCAUUUAGUUCUGUUCGUUCAACAACAGAAGCAGCCGAUCCUACACCUAGUAGUUACAAUACAGAAUAUAAUAUAAGUUCAUAUUUCGUACCCGACUACGUAUUCCCUCUGGAUGGUCCACAUCCAGGAUACGGUGAUGAAGACGCUCAAACAUCGUUCCAAGUUGAGGUAUCAAGGCCUGGUAGAUCGAGCUACGGAGAGAAUACUGACUGUCCCCAAUGCCAUCCUGCCUACUUAAAUCCUGGAACCUGUGAGCCAUGUAUCGUUAAACGGUAACAUUAUUUUAAUAAUAAGAUAGUUUCUUGCCAUAACUUUAUAUUGUGGUGAUUAAUUUGACUUAAUUUAUCAAUAACUCGGACAGCGAAAUGAUGCUCAAACACCACUUUCACUUUUCUACAAAAUAUAUCGACUGAUUUAUUUUCAAAAUACAACUUCGUGACGUAGACAUAGAAUAGUAUAUGCAUUUAAUGUUUUUUUCUUACUCAUCCGUUACAAGACGUUGAAUAUUUUGAUAUAUGUAUAAUGAAAAAUAACACGUGUAAAAAUGUUCUCACCAGAAAUAUAUACUUUUAGGUUAUGUAUAUAUGUAUACGUGCCUGUGUAAAAAUAUAAGUUUAAAUUAAAUAGUUUUA